UUUCAUAAUGAGGUUAAUACAUUUUUUGUCAAGGUUAAUUAAUGCAGCAAACGUUAGUAAACCAUGACCAAGUUCAAAGCAAAAUGAAAUAAGAGGAUAAACGAUGAGGAUCAGUUGUGGUUCUUUGUGAUCGGUGACUUUCUCAUGCUGUUUCAGGAAUAAGUGGAUUAGUGGCUUAAACUAGGAGUCAGAAAUAGUGGCCUCGUUUCUCUCCAGACCUUCAGCCUGUGCUAUACGUUUUUAAACAUGUUUGUGUUGAAGUGGUUUGGACUUUUCAUUUUAACACUGAAUUAUAAAGCUUCACGCUGGAUAUGAAGAAGGCACGAUGAUCAGACGAGAUGCUGCAGAAAUACUGAACGAUCAGACCAAAUCUUUUUUUUUCUUGAUGGUUUGAAUUCACCUUUAAAGAUCCAAGAUUCUGUGAACAUCCGAGAAACCUGAAGCACAGCUCCUUGAUUUUACAGGUAAACUUUAUUGAUUUAUUUUUCUGAAGUCAUUCAAUCAGAUCUAGGAGAGCAGCAGAACAUUUACUGUUUUAUUGUAGUAGUUAAAAAAGAGAAUGUGACCAUGCAUGUGAUGCAAAUCAUUAAAAAUAAUAAUUUAAAAAACCUUUUUCUAUUUGACUCUACAGUAAAUUCAAUUAAAGUUAUAUCCAGUGGAUACAUACUGUACAAAGAUCCUCAGUCCAAUCUUGUUAUUCCUCACUUGCUCAGAUUCAUCAAAUUCCUCUGUAGGUAUGAUGUUGUAAGUUUUUGUCUAAAAUUAUAUUUAAAAGUUUUUAGUGUUAAUUUUUCAACCUGCAUUUUGGUUUACAGAUAUUAUAAUGGAGGUUGGAGUCAGUCUUGGUGUCUUUCUGCUGUUUUCCUUCUGAACAACAUGGAGUCUGUAAGAAUGGCGAUGGCCACAGCGAAGUACACGCUGGUUGGAGAGACGCUACGCUAUGUGAUCCCCACCCACAUGCAGUGCUCCUUCGGAUGCGGAGGCCGAGCCUGCAAGUACGAAGACCCAUCACGCUGGAGUGAAGACCAACAGGCCAUCAGAGGACUUUACUCCUCCUGGAUCACGGACAACUUGCUGGCCAUGGCACGACCUUCUACUGAAAUCAUAGAAAGGUACAACGUCAUUGAUCAAUUCCAAAGGUGUGGUUUGAGGACAGUCGUUAACCUGCAGCGACCCGGCGAACAUGCUGACUGUGGAAACCCGCUAGAGCCAGACAGCGGCUUCACCUACCGGCCUGAGACCUUCAUGGAGGCUGGCAUUUAUUUUUACAACUUUGGAUGGAAUGACUAUGGUGUGGCCUCCCUCAGUGCAAUCCUGGACAUGGUGAAAGUCAUGAGCUUCUCCAUGCAAGAGGGGAAAAUCGCAGUUCACUGUCACGCAGGACUCGGGAGAACAGGUGUCUUACUCGCCUGUUUCUUGGUGUUCACUUCACGCAUGACCGCCAACCAGGCCAUUUUAUUAGUGCGAUCCAAACGGCCAAACUCCAUCCAGACCAGAGGACAGCUGGCAUGUGUUCAGAACUUCGCAAAGUUCUUGAUUCCACUGAGGAACGUGUUUGCCUACGCUCAUCCCAGAGCCAAUCCUGUCACACUUCCCCAGUUCCUGAUUCGUCAGAAACACAUCCUGCAUGGAGACGAAGCACGGCAGCUGAGAUACAUACCAAAGCUCAUGCCACUUAUCUGCAAGCUCCUGUUGGACAUUGCAGAGAACCGGCAGGUCAUUGAGGAGGAUGUUCUCGAGGUUCCAGACGUGAUAUCUGAUGAUGAGAGCUCGGUUUGCUUUAAUGCCAGAAGGUCAGAACCUCAGAUCAGCAGCCACAUCAGGGUGGGAGCGAUUAAUUUCAGUCUGCCUCGACUUCCUGGUCCAUUUGCAAUUCCUAAGCACAGCUCCCAACUGCCUCUUCACUAUGCUCACAAGAACCUCAGCUACAGCGACUCAAAUCUGCUCAGGCACUUUGAUGUGCUAAACAUCUCAGGAAACCACCUUCCCAUUUUAGCUAAUUCUGGAAGGAAGUCUGCAUCUCAAAUCAACAUGUCCCCUAACUGCCCUGAUGCCCGUCAUGGCACCCUGAGGGAUUUGUCAACCUAUGGUUCCUGCAGCAGCCUCUGGGAACUAAAGUCACAAAUGGAACAGGAAGAAGGACAUUCUCUUCUGAAGACUCGGUGUCAGUUCGUCCUGCAGCGCAGUCAAUCGCUCGGUGUCUCUAAACAAAUGGAGAAGAUGACGAGGUUCUCAAAGGUGCUGGUGUGGAAGAAUGGUCCUGAUGGGAAUAAAAGGAACCAUAAAGGAGGUGAUGAUGAGGAUGAUGAUGAUGAUGAUGAGGAGGAUGAUGAUGAUGAUGAGGAGGAGGAGGAGGAGGAGGAAGAAAAGGUGGAGGAGGUUCAGGUAUCAGAGGUGCCGUUCCUCACCAUCCAGUCAGAGCUGAGUCUGGAGGCUCGGCGUCUGCUGGUGGCUCAGUCACUCGCACUCGACCUGAACCACGAUGGAAAAGAGGAGCACGUCCUCAAAGUGAGGAGCUGGCAGAUGGAUCUGAACUCUCAGGGAGGAUUCGAGCGUCUGUGUUUGGAGAGAGAUCCGUUUGUCCUGACGGGAAUCCUGUGGUCCUGGUUCGAGCAGCUAAAGGAACCCGUUAUCUCAGUUACAGACGUUCAGACACUGAAACAGCAAAACACGGAUCAAAAGAUCAUCUUAAAUUCACUCCCGCCGGCUUCGAGAGAAACGCUGCUGUGUGUGUUGGACUGUUUCGCUCAUCUGCUGGUGAUGCCUGAAGAGGUGGAAGAGGCGUUUGUGGAGCGAAUAAUAAAGGCGUUUACAUGGAUUGAGAACGUUGCCGAUGGUCAGGACGUCUAUGAGACAAUGACAUGCGUCCUGAAGCGUGUUUUACGGGACCUGAGGAGGAAUGCCAUGGAUGAGCAGGACACACUGCAGUAGCAGCAGUAGGACCUGGUUAAAGAUCUCACAUGGAUACAUCCUCCAAAGAUUUACACUUCUCAAAACUCUCCCUGGUUUCAGUUUUUCAUCUCACCUGCAUUCUAAGAUCCCUGUUCUUGGCUGCAGGAGCGGAACCCAAUGUGUUCUUCUGCUGUUGCUUGCUGAGAUGCUUUUCUGCUCACCAAGGUUGUAAAGAGUGAUGAUAUGAGUUACUAUAUCCUUCCUGUCCAUUUCCCUCUGACCCUCUCUUAUCAACAAGGCGUUUGUUUCCACUCAAAGAACUGUCGCUCACUCACUCAGUGAUGUUUUUUGUUUUCUGCACCAUUCUGUGUAAACUCUAGAGACUGUUGGGUGUGAAAACCCCAGGAGGAGAUCAGCAGUUUCUGAAAUACUCAAACCAAAAAUACUCAUCUGGCUCAAACCAGCACCCAUACCACAGUGAGAGACAGAAAGUCAGACAAAAAUUGAGAUCACAAUUUUUCCCGUUCUGAUGUUUGAACAUUGUGAACAUUAACUGAAGCUCUUGAUUUGUAUCUGUGGGAUUUGAUGCAUCGAGGGAUCGACUGAUUACAGAACUGCAGGAAAUAGGUGGGGGAUGUAGGGGUGUUCCUAAUAAAGUGGCUGGUGAGUGUAAAACACUAAAGUAAAUGAUAGUUAUGACAUUGCUUUUUCAUUAUUUUUCUUUGUUUUAAAGUGACAGGUUUUUUUUUAAAACCCCUUUGUGUUUUAUGUAAUAUGAGCGUUUUUAUUCUUGUUUAAUUGUUUUAGCUAAUUAGAAUAUAACUUUUAAA